AUGAAGAAUCGAGUGGAUUCGUUCAUAGGUUGGAAUCAUGGCAACGACUCGGUUUUGUGGAACAAAGAAACGACGAAGGAAUUUACGGUAGCAUCUUGUUAUAGUUUUUAUUUGAACCUUCAAAUUCCGUUUGGACCGCCUAAUAGAUAUGAUGGGCUUUUUGGGUUUCUUUGGAAAAUGGAGGUCCCGUUCAAAAUAAAGGCUUUUGGGUGGAGACUUUUUCUUGAUAGGCUUCCUACGAUUGAUGGUUUGGUGUAUAGAGGUAUGAAUUUUCCGUUUGAUACGUCUAAAUGCGCUUUGUGUGGUCUAGUAUCCGAGGAUAGGGAUCAUUACUUUUUUGGUUGUUUGGUGGGUAAAAAGAUUUGGAAUGUUAUAGCUAUGUGGGUUGGUAAAGGGGAGUUUUUGGAUAACAAGUGUAUGCCGCAUUUUUGGGAUUGGCACUUGUAUUUUCGUUCGCGUAAAGUUAAAGAUAGCAAAUUGGACUUGGUGUGGAUUGCCACUAUUUGGGCCUUGUGGUUACUUAGGAAUGGAGUGCGUUUUCGGAAGGAAGCUUAG